GAAAAACAAAAAUAAACAAACCCAAAUUCCGCUGGUUUUCUUCUCCGCCAAAAGAAAGCUCUGGAAGCUCCUAGGAUUUCUACUUUGAGAUGCGAUCAAGAGCCUGAACUGCUUUCUGUUGUUGUGAAUUUCAGUGCUGUUGCUGAGGUUUCUCGGCUGGCUUUUGGCUCGGAAACUUCGGAUUUGCUCGGAAAAUUUGUUCUCCAGAGAAGCAUCUUGAGGAGAUAGAUUGUGAAGGAUAAAUGACAUUAGAUCAAGCAGUUGCAUGUGACUUCAAUGGUGGAUAAGAUAUCUCAGAAUGUCAAAAUUCUGCAUGCUUGAGUUAAUGUGAGCUGGAGGAAAUGUGGCAAGUAUCCAGUACCAUAGUUGGUGGCAGAUCUUGGUGAUAACUGGGGAAUGUGCCUUCAUAUAAUGUGAAAUACUCUAUACUGUAUUGAUGAUAUCACUGUCUGGACUUUGAUGUUUUCAUUGCCAUAUUAAAUGUUAUUUCUGGUUGAGUUUCACUUUCGUACACAAAUAUACUUUUGGUGUGUCUUUGUAGCAUAAUCUUGUAAGCAGGCUGUUAUGCAAUCCGAGUUGAAAAGAGCUAGGGAUGAAGAAAUGCCUUGAUUGAAGAUAAUGUGUGGGAUGAAUUUGUUGAAAAUGAUCAUAUAGUGGCCCUUUCUGGUGAUGAGCACACAAAUCAGUUUGCAAUAGAGGGUGAUAGUAGCAAGAAAAAACGUCUGGAAUUGCAUGGUACUAGAAGUAAUAAUUUAAGCACAUAUGGCACUCAGGGUCAGAAAGAAUUUUACCCAUCAACUAUUACUCAGGAAGAAAUAAUGCUGGAAGAGGGUUCAUGGUCUCAUCAACGUGAAGGUGUCUUUCCUUCAUGUGAUAGUGAGGCAUGUAAAGAGGUGAAAAGACUAACAUCAGAUGAUACAAGGAUGUCUGGUCAUCAUUCCAAGAGUACCAAUACAGAUUCUAUUGACAGUGAGCUUUGCGUGGAUGAUACUGUUCUUGGAGACAAGUGUGUGGUGGAAGAUGAUAGUGUGUGUGAAUAUCCAAUCAACCACAUAUCCCAAGCUGACAAUGAACUUAGCUUUCUUGAUAAUGAUGGGUGGCUGGAUAUAGGAAACUUUGAAGAUGUUGAUAGGAUGUUUAGAAGUUGUGAUUCUACUUUUGGAAUGGGAAGUCUAAAUAAUGAAGAGGAGUUCUGCUGGAUCUCCUCGAAUGGCACCAAUAGAUAUGAUGAUGCAUCAAAAUCUACCUUUAAGUUACCAGGAGCUGAACCAAGUCUAUUGAAAAAUAUAUUAGAUAAUGAUAAGGCAGGUACCGGUGGUCUUCCAAUCAAUGAUUCCAACAAAAAAGCAUCUUCAUUCAAUAAAAAAUUGAGGACCCAAAUGGAUGUGGAUGAGGAUGUAUUCCCUGCUUCAUCAUCAGUGCUCAAUGAAUCAGACAUGAAAUCUGGUAUUAUUGAUGACUCAAUGCCAAAAGAAAAGAGGAAACCUUCAAGACCAUCAGAAGGAAGAAGGAAAAAGGAACACCUAGAAAAUGGCAAUCCUGUUUAUCCCUGUGCUCCAUUAAAGCAAUAUGGAGAUGUAAAGAAACCUUUUGGAGCAUCUUCUGGCAAAGUUAGUUCGCAUGUUAGCAUCCAGAAACAUAAACCAAUCAUUGAUUCUGAUUCAUUAGGAUGCUUACAGCAUGCUAACUUGCCACACCCGGGGUAUAAUUGUCCAAGUAACACUUCCCUUCUUCCAACUUUGUCUGGAUCCAGAUCUGAACACAAUAGCCAUCCAUCUUCUCUUAUAGAAUCAUCUUAUGCUUCAAACGUGGAGAGCUCACAAGCUCAUUCUUUAGAGGCUGCUGCUUUGAUAGCAAAUGAAAAGAGAGAGAGAUUAUACCAUCCCAAUGUAGCACAACCAUUAACGAAGACUACUAAAAUUGAAAGUAUGGCAAGUCCAUUGCCAUGUCAAAGUCCAGGUUCAGCUCAGCUUGUGCAUCAGUUUGAAAAUGACAAUGAAGGCCACAGUGAAGUUGAUGGAGUUAGUAUAGGAUUUUCACAAGAAACAGAGUCCUCUAAUGUACAAGAAAUCUCAUCAAUGAGCUCUGUGGAUGAAAUCUCACUUGAAGCAAGCUUUCACCAGCUGCAACUGGUCAUGGAUCAGUUAGAUGUAAGGACCAAACUGUGCAUAAGGGACAGUCUAUACCGUUUGGCUAAGAGUGCUGAACAAAGACAUAACUAUGCCAAAGCAAAUGGUAGCGUUGGAGACAAUAUUCAAGCCUGCAAAGCGAUGAUGACUCAAGAUGUGAGCGGGUGUUCUGGAUUCAUGGACAUGGAAACUGAUACCAAUCCCAUUGAUCGGUCAAUAGCACACUUUCUGUUUCACAGACCUACAGAUUCAACAGUGAUGCCUCCUAGUGCAAAGUGAUUCCAGCUGUGGCAUUAUUUUUGUGUAAAACGUGUAGUUUCAAGUAUAUGUGAUAAUGUACUAAUAUUUGGGGCCUAUCAGACGCCUAAUUAUCAAUUUUUUUCCAGUUCCAUACACUGGCAUAAAUGUAUAUUGCGCUGAUCAUCACAAUAUAAGGUAGCUGCUAAGCUUGCUUCCGCUCA